CGGAGAUUAGUUUGAAUUAACUUUAAUAUUGUAAAUUUAUUUCAAAAUGGUAAGAAAAGAGUAUGAGCACAAGGCAAAGUUGGUAAAUGACAGGCCGGUGUUACAUUGCAGGUUUGGCAAGAAUAAGCCGUGGGUGGACAUAACACGUACGAGACAUAACGUGGAUAAUCUCACGUUAUUAGACCAUGAAGGGGCUGAAUUUAAAGUUUCAGACUGUAAAGUUGAGUUGGUGGACUUUAUUUUCAGGAUUUUCCUGGAAUUCGUGUGUUGCCAAAUCAAGUAUAAUGAUACGCCCAUCUGGUUCUUUACAGGUGAUUUAGAUAACUUUAAUCCUCAAAGUAUAUCAUUUGACUUGGUAAAAAACUCGUUUUUUCUCGAUACAAUAACUGAAAAGUCCAUUAGAAUAGACGCAUGUCACUAUGUGCUGGGAGGUCAAGGAAGAGAUGGAGAUAAUGGCGUAUUAGACCUUGAAGAUCCGUUGAAUGAGAAGAAUAAACACAUGAAAGUUAGAGAAUUCAGUGAUUACGUCAAGACAAUCAAGUAUGGAAGGAAGACCAUCUGGAAACAUAAGAAAGGGGAACCAUACCCACUAAAAUGCAUUGCAGAUGAGAAAAAAAGGGAAAGAUAUGUCAUAUUUGAGAAUAAAUAUCUCAUUGUUAAGAAUAAAGGGAAUAAAUGGGAUAUCACAGAACAUCCAAUCACUCCCGACGACGAAUUGUACAAUUAUCUAUCCAAACUACACUAA